GGCGCUUGUAGUCCGAGCUCGGGGACCAAGCAGGUGCUUGCGUGAAGCGGGCCGAUCCUCUGCGUCACCAAGCUCAUCUCCUGGGGGAUGGGGUGGACGGUGUUCCUUUGACGGACGCUUGUGUGCCCCCGGCCCCGGGUGGAGUGGAGACCAUGGCCUAUCCUCAGGGCUCCCGGGCUCCGCUGGAAUUCGGGGGACCCCUGGGCGCCGCGGCGCUGAUGGUGCUGCUCCCCGCCACCAUGUUCCACCUGCUCCUGGUGGCCCGCUCGGGCCCGGCGCGCCUGCUGGGCCCACCCCCCUACCUGCCGGGUCCCGACGUGCUGUGGAGCCCGCGGGUGCUGCUGCUGUGGCUCGCCUGGCUCGGCCUUCAGGCGGCUCUCUACCUACUGCCGGCGCGCAAGGUGGCCGAGGGGCUGGAAUUGAAGGACAAGAGUCGCCUGCGCUACCCCAUUAACGGCUUCCAGGCCCUGGUGCUGACGGCCCUGUUGGUGGGCUUGGCAGUGUCCGCGGGGCUGCCUCUGGGGGCGCUCCCGGAAAUGCUCGUGCCCUUGGCGUUUGCGGCCACCCUCACCGCCUUCAUCUUCAGCUUCCUUCUCUACCUGAAGGCUCUGGGAGUCCCUCCCUCCGCCCUGGCACCUGGGGGGACCUCAGGCAACCCCAUCUACGACUUUUUCCUGGGACGGGAGCUCAACCCGCGCAUCUGUUCCUUUGACUUCAAAUAUUUCUGUGAACUGCGGCCUGGCCUCAUCGGCUGGGUCCUCAUCAACCUGGCCCUGCUGAUGCAGGAAGCGGAACUUCGGGGGAGUCCCUCACUGGCCAUGUGGCUGGUCAACGGCUUCCAGCUACUCUAUGUGGGUGAUGCUCUCUGGCAUGAGGAGGCUGUUCUCACCACCAUGGACAUCACGCACGACGGGUUUGGCUUCAUGCUGGCCUUUGGGGACCUGGCCUGGGUACCCUUCACUUACAGCCUCCAGGCCCAAUUUUUGCUGCACCACCCGCAGCCCCUGGGGUUGCCCAUGGCCUCCGCCAUCUGUCUCAUCAACGCUCUUGGUUACUACAUCUUCCGAAGAGCCAAUUCCCAGAAGAACACCUUCCGAAAGAAUCCUUCUGACCCCAGAGUGGCUGGCCUCGAGACCAUCCCCACGGCCACGGGGCGGCAGCUGCUGGUGUCCGGGUGGUGGGGUAUGGUCCGCCACCCCAACUACCUCGGGGACCUCAUCAUGGCUCUGGCGUGGUCCUUGCCCUGCGGGGUGUCUCACCUGCUGCCCUAUUUCUACUUCCUCUACUUCACCGCGCUCCUGGUGCACCGGGAGGCCCGGGAUGAACAGCAGUGCCUACAGAAGUACGGGCUGGCCUGGCAGGAGUACUGCCGGCGCGUGCCUUACCGAAUCCUGCCCUACGUCUACUGAAGCCAGCUCCACCGACCCCGGGCGGGGGCCCGUGCCCACCCGCCCGUCAGCGCACCCAGCACCAGGAGCCUGGACCCCUCCCCUGCUCUGAGCUCCCACAGGCAGGGGUGAACAGCCUCAGGGAGGUGCUCCGGAGAGAGGAGAAAUGAAGCCAGUGCUUCAAUGGGGGUGGAGGGGCUGCUCGUCCUCCUCGGAUAAACAUCUGGAACCCUUGGUA